UGUCCGAUCUUGUUACAAUUACAUUAACGUUUUAGCGAUAGAUAUAUUGAUUAUAUGAUUACUAACCAAGAAACAACGUGCAUGUUUAUUAUAUAUUCGUGUACCAGCCUGUAUCACUUAAAUGUUUAUCUUGAAUUUACUUCAAAAGAUAUGUGUGAUGGAAUUAAUGCUGUGGAGAUUAGAAUAUACCUAUUGGUGGACAGUUGCCAACAUCAAUUAUAGAUUAUCAGUGUUACCCCGGGCCGGGGGUAAAUAAUAUAAAUUCUGAAAAGAAAUGAAGAGGCUGGUCAGAAUAAGUGUUUCCUGUGAAGCAUCAGGUAUAGAACUGCUUUAAUAACAUAAACAAUAAACAUGGAAUAACAUAUUCCACUAAUGAAACUAAAUACAAGUAAUACGGAUUAAAUAUGAAUAUGAACACAGCUAACUCUAAAUUCAUAAACAACAUUGUCAUUGGCAUCUGACUGCUUAUCUUUUAAUCUGAACACGGCUAACUGUAAUUAUAGACCAAGGUGAACCCGUUAGAAGUCGUUUUGUGUCUUUUUACACAAUAACCCAACUUUCUCCAAUAUCCCGACCUGUCUAUAGUCGCAGUAACCCUAAAUCCUUUUCUAAAAUACUACAAAAUUACUUUCUCAAUUCUAACAAAACUCUUCUCUAUAUGCAGGGACAAAAGUAAAAUAAAAGAUGCAAGGAAUAUAUUCUAACAAAAUCACACUCAAUCUUCAAAUAUGAUAUUAACAGUUAAAGAGAGACAUGAGAGAAAGCGAAAGAGAAAGGGAGAGAAACUACAAAUGCAUAACUCAUUUAUCAAAGACCUGAAUCUUGAACUAUGAACCCACAUUCUCUCUUUUCUACGAUAUUCCCUCAUUUGUCCAGUUGGUGGACUACUGCUGACCACAAGUCAUUAGUCAUAGCAUGUCACAGUUAUCUCUGAUAAAGACCAGAGAAACUUCUCCCAAUGCACAGACUAUUAAAAUUGGUAUCAGGAUUAACUUUACUACUACUCUUGUAUAGUGGGGUAUGAACUCGUCACUAAACAUCUCACAUUAAGCAUACACACAUUAUGAGGUGUGUUCACACUAGUUGGUUUAACCUGACUUAGUAUGAAUAUAUAAAGAUUUACUACUUCUACUACAUAAUAAUACGACCAUUAUAUAAUCUAAAUGCUUCAUAAACAUAACUAACACCAUACAAUAGAUACAUGUCACGUAGAUACAUAUGUUAAGCCUGCAUCUCUCAUGAUCAGUCUGGUUUGAUAAAAUACACUUAAUUGGUUCUAAUAUCACUAAUAACAUUCACUUCAUCAUUAAACACGAGUUGCAGCACAACAAUGUAAUAUAUGAAUUGAACAAUAAUAAUUAACUUAAACAGACAGAAUUGAAAGAGAUUAAAAGUUGUAAUUUCUUACCUGAAAAGAAAUGAAGAGGCUGGUCAGAAUAAGUGUUUACUGUGAAGCAUCAGGUAUAGAACUGAUGCUAUCAGGCAGAAACCACUGACAUGACCAACGUCUUCGAUUUGGUUUCGUUUUGGGGAGAGGGCACAAUAUGAGUCACCACUUCUUGGAAAACAGGGGUUGGGUUUGAGAAUGUGUAAACUUUUUAAGAAACUGGUGUGUGAAAUAUAUGACAAUACUAACAGGAUAUUAUGUAUACAAAAUUUUGAGGGAGGCCUAUUUUCCAGGGCCUUACAUCAGUAAGUUUACCACUGGUUCUUCUACCCUGGUCGAUAAUGGUCGAUAAUAGGGAAUAUGGAAUGUGACCGAUUAUGCUAGGAUACUACUUUACCGUCUUGAUAUGAUAAAUGUCGCAUAUAAACCAUCCGUGUAAAUCGUUCUUUUUGGCUUUUUCUUUUGCUAUGAACUCUAAAAAAAUAUUCGAAUAGUUAGGAAAGAUGUCUGAUCACCUUUUCCGGUUUCGGUGCAGAUUAGAAUGUGGAGAUAAUACUUUUGAAUAUGAAGGUUUUUGACCAACUUUGAUGAGGUACAGUUCCAAGAAUAACCCUUUUUCAUAAUAUGAUCAAUGACACAUUAGGUGAUCUGUUUCCAUCAUUUGUUCCCUUUGCUAUGAACAUUAAAUAAAUAAAUGACCUUAACAACUUAAUAACUAAGCUUUGAAGUUGAUUUCAGAAUGCUUGAAUUGACUAGUCAAUCAAAAGCAGAUACGUUAUUGGGACAUCGCUAAUUUGUUUGCUUUACUUUUUAAUUUUCUUCUCUCUCUCUCUCUCUCUCUCUCUAUAUAUAUAUAUAUAUGUGUGUGAAUACAUAGUCGACCCCAUCACAAGCCUCGUGCUUUCUAGGAAUAUCGCAACCUUCUUUUCGUACAUUACUUUUGUGAAUUAAAAUUACGUUUUGUAUUCAUUUGAUAAUAUAAGAAGGAAAUAAUUGUAUUUGUUUGAUCUCAGUAUGCUUGAAUUGACUAGUCAAUCAAAAGCAGAUACGUUGUUGGGACAUCGCUAAUUUGUUUGCUUUACUUUUUAAUUUUCUUCUCUCUCUCUCUCUCUCUCUCUCUCUCUCUAUAUAUAUAUAUGUGAAUACAUAGUCGACCCCAUCACAAGCCUCGUGCUUUCUAGGAAUAUCGCAACCUUCUUUUCGUACAUUACUUUUGUGAAUUAAAAUUACGUUUUGUAUUCAUUUGAUAAUAUAAGAAGGAAAUAAAUGUAUUUGUUUGAUCUUUCGAAAACAAUGGUAAUUUAUUUCAUGACAAAAGCGUGAAAAACAUCACAGUAAGAUGGUCAAUGACAAUUAACCAAAGUAGUUCAACUUCUUCAAGUUUCGAUCCAACGUUAAAAGAACGUCGCAUAUAUAAUGCAUGAUUUUUACCGAGGAUUCAGUACUCUCUUGCAAUUUUAUAAGCUCGUAAAUCUUCAUACGUCGCUUCCCGAUAUCACUCGGGUUACAAGGAGAAAGGUUAUCAUAUCUGUAGCUCCGUGGUUUCCGAUUCAGACCACAUCAUAUUUUGGUAUUUUCUAAUAAGUUGCACUGUGACAAAAAUAUAUGGUACAACAUUGGUAGAUGUUUCGUUAACAAAGUAAACGGAACAUAUACAUAUCAAGAUAUCUAUAUAUUGAACAAUGAACAUGAUGUAUUGUCUAAUCUCAUGCCAUGCGUUGCAUACAACAUUUUUCUUAUAGUAUUUCGUAAAUGAUGGCAAUGAAAGAGCUAUACAUUCCAGGGCAAAUUUCUAUUAUGACAUUGCCCAGUUGCCCAUAGUAACAACAAAGAUGAGAAAGCUCACACACUAUUGUUUUUAAUUUCUUCAGCAGAACCCAUUCUCACAGGCUCACUGUUCUUUCAUAUAUUGACAGGUCUCUAAAUUCUGGAAGCGAGUUCGGUACCAUAUCCCCGAUAUGACAAAGGCUGAUUUAUUUUUUAAAUAUGGCAAUACCAAUAAUAAUGAUAAUGUUAUUUGUACCCAGGGUACCCUAAUCAGCAUGUCAGAAUUAUUAUUUUUUCUCUGAAGGACCUGUAAUCAUUGUAACCCCGGCUUUGUUAUCCCAGACGAUUUAGUGGAGGAAAUAAUUUGCUGCCUUCAGAUAUAUCAUCUCUCACAACUUGCUGCUACGAAAGCAUAUGUAUGCUUUUAAGUAAAAAAUAAACAUGAGACCGACUGCUUGAAGUCCUCUCCGAAGGACUUGGUAUGAGGAUUAUUGCCUUACUAAAAUGCAUUGGAGCACCGGGUUUGGUUUCGAAUUCAGUGAUGCAUCUUGCGGGGUUCCUUCACAUUUGCUCUGUAUUAUACACACAAAAAAAGUCAGGAUUCUACAUUUUCCCUAAACAAAAUUUCAAAACAUAAAUGCAUCCUAAUUAUGAUUACUGCAAAUAUGUUGCUAUACAACCCGUGUAUAGAACAAAUCGUUUCCGUUUUUAUUUAUUUAUUUAUUUGUUCUCCACUCAUGGGAUGGAUUGCCCUUGUCAGCUAUAAGCUGUUAUAAGCUGUCAUUAUAUUAACUAAGAAAAUGAAAGUUAAUAGAAUUUCUGUACAGAGCAAAUCUUGCAAGAUAUGUCAGUGUUGCCAAUUUGUUUUUCUCUGAUGACAACUUCAGGAUUUCAUAACUUUCCUGUUUUCAAUCGGCUGUUGAAAAACCUGUCAAAAAUUUGUUCCUCUUGUUGUUUUUGUUUUGUCUUUUGCUUAUACCAGCUAAUUAUUAAGGUGGACUUCCCCUCUAAAACGAACACAAUUCAAUGCUAGGGUUUUGACAUUUUCCUAGAGUUGAUUUUUCGGAAGUCUUUCCGACCGUGUUCUCAAGUGAUGAAGAGAUAAUUAAUACCGGUACGAAUGGAUAUAGGCAACCCCAAUAAAAGCCGAUACAAAAGGAAAUAAGAAAAGAAACAAAAAUGCAAACGCUUUGGACGAGGCCAUCUAUAACGAGAUGAAAUGUAUAUAGUUGGAAAUGUUGAUGGCUUGGGAUUUUCUUUCUCUUCACCAAGUUGGAAGUAACCUCUCUCCUGCUCUAUGCUGUGCAACAUUCACAAGAAUUCAUUUCAGUAUUAAGUCUUCACUGUUCCGAUCAUUGUGGAGUGGUUUCAUUGCAAGGAAAAACUUGAGGAAUUAAACGUGCGCAAUAUUUUCUUACUUCAAAACAAAUUUCGAAACAGUGGGAAGGGGGAAGUUACGUGGUUCGCACAUCUCACCACUGUGUACAGCUCUCGUUCGGACAAACUCGACAGGACGUUCUACUUUUUUUCUUCCCCAUCCUUUUCCUUGAUUCGAAGGGGAUUGUCGCUGUCACACACGGUAUUGCUCGAGUAGGUCAAAGUUCACCGUAUAUAUCUGCUACGGCAUGGCCAAAGGUCAUACAGAGCAAAGUAGUGGAGCGUGGGACACCAAUGACGUCCUAUUCGAUCCGCUGUCCAUGUCGUCCUCGCCACCUUCGAAGAGCCACGAGUUCGAAGCGACCAAUCCAGACUUCAUGCAUACCAACUCCAUGAACGCGGCGAGGUCCUGGGAUGUAGGAAGAGGAGCUAGAGGGGGUGAAAGCAGAAGGGGAGGAGCAGGGCGCAACUUCCGAAAUAGAUGUUUUUUUAACAACGUCAGGCUGAGGCAAGAGGAGGAGGAUGAGAGUCACUACUUGCCGGAGUACAACUCAGGCAUCACCAGGAUACUUUCCUUGAUGCAAAUUAUCAUGGGCGUGGUCAUCAUACUUAUUGGUAUUUUCGCUUACGUUGCCAAGGCAACCGUGGGGCCUUUGAUACCAGCAAUGGACAUCGGAUGUGGAUUUGUGCUGUAUAUUACUGGUGGGGUGCUCGGGAUAUUUACCAAAUGCCGUGCCAAACGUAUGGUGGCAGCAUUCAUCUUGCUCAGCAGUUGUUCAUUUAUUUCCUCGACUGUUCUCGGAGCUAUUCACGCCCUCGCAGGAUUUCGGUCACAUUUCAUCUGCGCCUAUCUUCACUGUGGGAACUCUCCCGAAGGGUCCUCGAGACAGGUUAUGGAUAGCGUCAUCGCCAUUCUGAAUUUCAUCGAAGCCGUAUUCGCCUUCGCCUCCCUGGUCGUCGGUGUUCAUGGCUUCUGCAAAUGGCGUCACGGAAAAUGAGAUCAGCAUGCUAACUCAAAUCUUUUAAGGCAGAGAAUUGGCAAACCACUUUUAAGUAUCGGAGUUGGGCAUUCUUUUAUUUUGAAUCGAUUUCAUUCCAAAAUAUAGAGGAAUUUAAUCCCAUAAGUAGUGGUUGAAUAACUUGCAUUAUUCUGUUAGAGAGAUGGAAUCCAUUUUUGGGAUAUCCACUCAGAACAAAGUGUUAUUUAACCCCCCCCCCCACCUGAUGUGGUAAGUAUAAUUAUUUAUAUUCCUGUAUAUUUAGAGAGCCCACAUGAGAAAGUAUUUCAUCUGAUACUCUCCAGUCGAAUACGUACACUAUACAGUGUCAAUCAAUAAAGAAGAACUCCAUAUUCAAACCUGAAUAUCUUACGAACCAAGUAAAAUUGCUGAAUGAUAAAUCAAUGAGAUGGUAGAUCAAUGGGAUGGUAGUUGAUAUAUUCUUCUAUAAUCUGAUAGCUUGCUCCCCCAAAUGCAAUAAUUCAGCGCUGAUAAUUGUUUUUAAAGAAUGUCAAAAUAACCUUUGCCCAAGUUUGGGAUGAAUUGUGUAAACAAAAGUUACUGUCAUGGGUGCUUUCAAUUUCCAUUGGGACUAUUCAAAUAAAGGAUAGACAGAAGCAAAUUUGACAGGGAUCGGGGAAAGUGCUACUUUUUAGCUCUAAGUGGCCAGAAUGCUUCGAUCAACGUUUCAAAUCAAAGGCAACAUAGUAGGCUACAAUGUGAGUAUCUUUGCCUAAAUCGUUCUGAAAGAAAGCGAGAGUUGAAAUUCAAACCAGGGAUUUAAAAAACAAAAUAUGGAAAAUAGUGGUGAUACUUUAGAUGUUAGACUUAAAAGUAAUGGACAUAUAAUUAUGAUUGCCGAUUAAAUUCCUAAAUGACGGUAAGCUUAGUAAAACAGCAAUUUUUGCUAGUUGCAUUUUGAAAGUAAAAUAUGUGUGGUACUCCAGUCGAGCGUUUUUGUAUAUAUUCAAAUACCUUCACAGUAUUUACCAAUAAUAUUCAAAGUCUUUGUAUCUUGUUUAAUAAUGCAAAAGGGGUGUUCUAAGCGGCUUCUGGUUUCGCUUGAAUAUAUUAGAAAUGAUAGUAAACAUUUGUAAGACUAUAUUGGAAUCCAGAUAUCAUGGAUAUUUACGUUAAUUGUAGAAUACUAAGCAACUUAGUUGUGUAUUAGUUUUGUAAGUAAUCGCUGGUAUUUUGCCUUAGUGAGAGGGUACAUGAGGCGUACCCCCUUUAUCAUAUUUGUGUGGGUGUGCAUGCGCGGCCAGGUAUGAAAAUCCUGUAUCCUCCUCCUCAUAAGUUUUUUAAAUAAAUAAAACCGUAUGCUAAUGAGUAGUUUAUAAUGUGGGAUGGCAGUGGGAAGGCAUUUAAUAGUGGGAUAGGGUGAACAUGUCUGUAUUACCCCUCUGUAUGGUGGUAUUGAUAUGCAGAAUGAUUGAUAUAAUUACAAGGGUAAUAAUAUUCACUCUUUACAAUCUUACAAACUAAACCUUUGUUGAGAAUUUAGAGAAUGUGCCUAGCUUGCCACACGUAUAGGUGUUAGUUAUUUAAUUUAAUGUCAUUGUCAUGUCUGCUAUAAUGCGGAGUGUCACCAGCAGUACAACUUUGUAAUUCACUGCUGCGUCAAAAUGUACAUAAUUUUCUUUGUCUCUUUUAGCAGCUGGGAAGAAAUAUUCUGUUAUACCAAACAGGCAUCUAAUUUUGAGAGAUACAUAACCAUGACUAAGCUGUGGGAUAUAUUAUGGUAAUUGCUUUCUUUUAUUCUUUUUGUAUAAGACGAUCGCAAAGCUUUCGAAAAAUCAACCUAAAGUUAUUUCAAUGGCAUUGUGAUUGGUAACUUGUAC